UAACAAACGGUGAAUCCAGGAGUGUCCCAAUUACUUUGAUUCCUCCCUUGUCCGUGCCAUCUUCUAGGCCUUUAUUAACAAACGUCAAACCUAAGAGACAAGAAAGUAGGAUAAUAUCUGCUACUGGGCCACCAAUGGCUGAAGUUUUGAGGGGUGUAUAUGGACCACCAAAACAGAAUGUAACUAAAGCUCCUCUCAAGGCUGAUGAUUCUCCCUUGAAGCCAGAUGCUACUAAUAAUCCAAUCUCUAACUCAUCUACUGAGUCUGGUGCUGCUAGAAAUCCUCAACACUCAGCUUUUCCAAUGCCUACAAGACAACAAAGCAUUGCCACUGAUGCAUUUGGAAACUAUCCUAUCUCUGAACCACAUAUUAAUAAUCAACAAGCCAUGAACCGCUAUAACUCUCUGGGUCAUGAGGUUCCUAUAGAGCAAUAUGGUAAUGUGAUGAACUCUCCUUACUUUUGGCGCCAAGCACAGAACGAGAGAUACAACGUGCCAUCAUCAGCACCAUUUCAGCAACGUGGUGGUGGUAGUAACAGCAACACUUUGGCGCAUCAUGGAAGUAUGAUGGGGUCUCCUUACACGUGGCUAGAACCGAACGACACUUCCAUUUAUGAGUCUCUGAAUUCAGUGUUUGCUCCGUACAGAAACAGUACCUUGCCUCUGUCAGCUACCUCUAGUGUUCCUACUUAUCACGAUUCUGCUUACGGUGGUGGCAUGUUGAGUGGCAGCAACUCAAGGUUUGGGUAUGAAGAUGUCUCAAGAAAUCAUUUUCCAUCAAACUCGAGUGGUGGUACCUCUACUGGUCCUUCUUCUCACGGUUCUGAUUACUACGGUCGUGGCAUGUCGAGUGGUAAUGGUUCAAACUCGAGGUUGGGGUAUGAAGAUGUCUCAAGAAUUCACAUGCCAUCAGUUCAGGGUAGAAUCCCAUUUGAGUGGCCUGUGCAAGGAGAAGAUAGUUACAGAUCCAUCCCGCCUCCUCGUAGCCAACAGGAACGGGAGGCUUACUUUGAAAGAAUCGGAGCUGACUUUUUAGCAUCAUCUCUCGACCAAGAAUACAAUAGACGUGACCAAACCCAGCAACGGCCAAGAGACAAGUAGUGUAACUUGUACAAAAUCAACCAGCUCCAGAACUGAUGACUUUCUUUCUAGUGUUUCAGCUUUCAUUAUAGUUACAGAAUAAUGCUUUUAGCCUUAGAAAAAAAAAACUCAAAUAACGUUUGUCCUGUGGUUCGAUAUCUUGCCAUCAUUUUUUUGUACUUUCAAUGUUUACAUGGCAACGAUUGAUUGUUUUCCUUUUAGUGAAAUUAAACUAAACAACAGGGGAAGAAAAAAAUAAGCAACAA